CCCGAAUUGAAUAGAGUGAGAUGUCAAACUCAAUAGGUGGGGUGUCAAACCUAACUCCCAAUGGUGAGGGUUCUCAAAUCUUCCGCUCCCGGAUUCUUGACUAAAGCCCUUCUUCGUACCAUUUCACCCUUUGCUCCUCGUUACAUCGAUGGUACUAAAGUUCCCUUUGAGAAAAUCCAGAUUCCAACGAAAUGGAAACAGAGAAAAAAUAAAUUUGAUGGAUAUCUUGUUGGCAAUGGUGAGGGAAACGCUCCUGGAAUUGUUCUGCUUCAGGACUGGUUGGGUGUGGAUUAUCAUGUCAUAAAUCAUGCUUUGAGGAUUUCUCGGCUUGGCCGUGGAUUUAAAGUUCUUAUUCCAGAUGUGUACGGAGGAAACCAAGCCCAAUUGUUUAAUGGUUAUGAUUGGGAAGGUGCUAUGUUUAAAGUUCAUUCUUCAGUUCAAUGGCUUAAGACCAAUGGUUCAAAAAAGGUUGGUGUAGCUGGCUUUUGUAAGGCUCUCGCUGUUACGAGCUCUUCCUUUUUUCCACCUAUUGAUGCUGUUGUAGCUUUCUAUGGCAUUCCUGGUUCCUUGCUUGCCAAUUCCCAUUGUCCUGUUCAGGCUCACUUUGGAGAGCUAGAUGAUCUUGUUGGCUUUUCGGAUGUCACGGCUGCGAAGAAAUUGGAGGGGAAAUUGAAGGAAUCUCGAGUUCCACAUGAGGUGCACAUAUAUCUUGGCUACAGACACGCAUUUAUGAACGGAUCUUCAAAAACAAUCAAGAGGUGGAAUGGCGCGGGAUUGCCUGAUGAAUAUGAAAUUGCAGUUCAACUAGCCCGGUCUCGGCCAAAUGAAGAUGAAAUUGCAGUUCAACUAGCCUGGUCUCGCUUCGAGACAUGGAUGACAAGGUUCUUGUGUAGUUAG